UUUUGUAUCAGCGAGACGCUCAGUCAAAGUGCGUGACAAAUCGGCUAAUGGAUGAUUCUUCAUUUGCCUUCCACUUUUUUUGUACUCUGCUUUUCAGCGUUUGGAUUUUUGACAAUUUGUUUUCAUCUUCGAACACUCUCGUUCACAAGUGAUGUUUACGCCUCAAGCAGAGAUAGAUUCCCUCAUAACAGUAAGUUAGCGGAUCAUGGAGAAGCUGACAUCAUAUACCUUGUACAAGCACAGAGUUGUCUAACUGAGCAUUACACUUCAUUUAUAAAAUUAGAAAGUAGAACUAGACGUGAUGUUUUAGUGUUGAGUUGGGGCAAACGAUGUCACGAUUUGUCCACAAAUCUAAGCAGUGUGGUUUACAUUCAUGGUAAGAAUACUUCAUGGAGUUCAGGGCGAAAUUUGUUGUACCAUAUGGCUUUGCAGAGGAAUAAGGGCUAUCUAUACUACGUUUUCCUUGAUGAAGAUAUCGAGUUUAUCUUCACAUCGAAUAUGACCCAUGAUAUGGGUUACAAGGAGGGAACUAAACAUCCACUUGAGGCCUUUGAAAACUUUCUUCUGGAAUACGAACCCGCAGUAGGUCUGUGCAAUUAUUGCAGUCGUUGCGGGAAACUAGCGGAAAACGGCUCCUACUAUGUUCCCGCACUUUGUUGCUCGGCGCGCCCUGCAACUGGAAAUCUCCCGCCGAUUUUACCGGUUACAAUAUCUUUUGACGCCGCUGUGAAUGCAUUUCAUACCAAGGCAGUUAAACAUCUUCUGCCUUAUAGACUGGACUACGAGGAGAUUAGCUGGUGGGAGAGCCAAAAAUACGUUAUUUUAAGGUCAGAUAUUUUAUUUCGUGGUCAAGUUAUUCGCUACACGCCGGUGACUGCCAUCAACAACGAGCACAGAGAUUAUCCUCAACGACCAAUCGACAACUGGGGGAAUAUACUGCUCGAUAUAAGGAAACUCAUGCCGGAAAAGUACAAGAAUCAAAGCGUUUUUAGUAAGAAUCUGGAAGUUGACAUGAUUCCAGAAAUCUCUGGCAAUUUCCUUUCCACACCGUUAUGGAAUAUUUCAAUUCCUGGUCCUAAAGUACCGAUUCAACCUUACAGUCAUUUCCAUAAAUAGCAUGAACAAAAGGCAAAAAUUUAAAACAUUAUAGGAAAUUUUUGAUAAUUAUCACCCACUCCUGUCGUCUUAGAACCUUCAGAUAUUCUUACAUGUAAUAAGGCUGAUUUGUAGGAUCUGUUCUUUCCUUGCUCGCUUCAUUUGCAUUUAAUGUUUUGGCGGUAAUAGCCCGUUGAAAUGGAAACCUGAAAAAAGUGAACAACCUCAGUAAAAUGGGCGCUUGAAUAGGUGAUGAUAUAAGCUUACUUUUGGUAUUUGUCUGCUCUAAAACCGAUCUUAAUUCAUGCGGUUGAGGAGAGUUUAGGA